AUGGGAUACGAAGCCAAACUCCAGGGCUUGGCCCUCAAGUUCAGAGGUAUGUUGGACAAAUUCCCCAAUACCCACAACAUCUUUGUUAUUUCAAUUGUGACAUGUACAGCUGGACUUAUGUUCGGGUUCGACAUUUCGUCCAUGUCUGCGUUUAUCAGUACCAGCCAGUACCGAGACUACUUCAAUGCUCCGGAUUCGACUCUCCAAGGGAUCAUCACCGCCAGCAUGGCGUUGGGAUCGAUUUUUGGGUCGUUGGCCUCGUCGUUCGUGUCGGAGCCUUUUGGUAGACGGUCUUCUUUAAUGGUCUGUGGGAUUUUCUGGUGCAUUGGUGCCAUAAUCCAAACGUCCACCCAAAAUGUCGGCCAGUUGAUUGGCGGCCGGGUGGUUUCGGGGUUUGGAGUGGGUUUUGGUACCGCUGCUGCUCCAGUGUUGGUGUCGGAGUUAUGCCCCAGAACUAUUAGAGGACGAGUGGGAGGGUUGUUUCAACUGGCGGUGACCGUUGGAAUCAUGGUGAUGUUCUUCAUCUCCUACGGGUGCUCCCAGAUCGACGGCACUACCUCGUUCAGGGUGGCGUGGGGGUUGCAGCUCAUUCCAGGAAUUGGGUUGAUUUUUGGCUGUUUCUGUAUUCCUGAGUCUCCUAGAUGGUUGGCCAAACAGGGAUACUGGGAGGACGCCGAGGAGAUCGUGGCCAAGGUCCAAGCCAAGGGAAAUCGUGAGGAUGAGAACGUGUUGAUCGAAGUUUCCGAAAUCAAAGAACAGAUCUUACUUGAUAGGGAUGCAAAAACUUUCACCUACGCGGACUUAUUCACAAAGAAAUAUCUUCCCCGGACUAUCACCGCCAUAUUUGCCCAGACCUGGCAACAGUUGACGGGCAUGAAUGUCAUGAUGUAUUACAUUGUAUACAUUUUCCAGAUGGCAGGCUACGGUGGUGGAGCUUUACUUAGUUCUUCUUCCAUCCAAUAUGUGCUUUUUGUGGUUGCAACCAUUCCAUCUUUGUACUUUUUGGACAAGUUUGGUAGAAGACCCGUGUUGCUUGUAGGUGCGGCGGUGAUGAUGGGCUUGCACUUUGCGGUGGGUGCCAUCUUAGCGGUGUAUGCCAAUCCAGUCGACAACAUCGACGGAGACGAUACGUUGAAAUUGGAAAUUCCGGACCUGAGAAAGGCGGCUGCCAAGGGGGUGAUUGCCUGUUGCUACCUCUUUGUGUGUGCUUUCGGAACAUCUUGGGGAACUUGUAUUUGGGUCUACUGUUCCGAAGUUUGGGGAGAUUCCGCUUGUAGACAAAGAGGUGCGGCUGUAUCCACCUGUGCGCUUUUGACAUUCCCCUAA